AUGUAUGAAACACCAAUUUCAUUUGGAGCCACACAUCUUCUAGAAUGUAUGGCUUUCAAAAGCACAGCUAACAGAAGCCACUUGAGAGUUGUGAGAGAAGUGGAAGCCAUUGGGGGCAAUGUUACAACUUAUGCUUCUAGGGAGCAAAUGGGUUACACUUAUGAUGCUUUAAAGAAUUAUCUUCCUCAAAUGUUGGAGUUACUUGUUGACUCUGCAAGGAAUCAAGUGUUCUUGGAUUGGGAAGUCAAAGAACAGUUAUUUAUCCAGAAAGUGAAAGCUGAGAUCAGUGAAUAUGCCAACAAUCCAGAAAGCUUGCUGUUAGAGGCAAUUCAUUAUGCUGGAUAUGCUGGUGCAUUAGCCAAUCCUCUUCUUGCAUCAGAAGGCUCAUUAAACAGAUUAAACAGUUCAAUUUUGGAAGAAUUUGUAGCUAUAAGUCAUACUCAUAGAUUUAGGGGCAAUUUCUUUUUCAUUUUUUGUGCUUAA